CGAAGAUGAACCUGUUUUUGUAUCUCUGCUCUGAGUGAAGGCUCUGUCUAAUUCCAGUUUGUAUCCUGCAGGUCUGCUGAGAUGGCUUACACGUGCGUUUCCAGGUUAUCUGCUCUGGCUCUGCUGCUGCUGUCCGCCUGCUGCUGGGCUCAGAGUGAGCUUCAGGCAGAGGACAUUUCAGAGGAGCUUUCUGUUUCUGAGCUGCUGGAGAGAGCCAACCGUAAUCUGAUCCGUUCUGACGAUGAUCCCAUCCUGACUGGAGGAGACAUUGCCAUCGACAGCGAGGCAGAGAAAAAUGCCGACCCCUGCACCAGCAGAGGGUGCAUGUGGGGCAAGUGGACUGACGGGAAGGUCUACAUUCCUUAUUACAUCACCAAUCACUUCUCCUCCCGUGAGAAGGCCAUCAUCACCCGUGGACUGGAGUCUUUCUCUUCCUUCUCCUGCAUCCGCUUCAGGCCCUCAAGAAGCAGUGACCGCGACUGGUUGAGCAUUGAGUCACAGAAUGGCUGCUACUCCUAUGUUGGACGUCGUGGUGGUAAGCAGGUGGUGUCUCUGGCCCGUCGUGGAUGUCUUUACCAUGGUACAGUCCAGCAUGAGCUGCUCCACGCUCUGGGAUUCAACCACGAGCAGACACGCUCAGACAGGGACAACCACAUCAAAGUCUUGCUGCAGAACGUUCAGUCUGGAAAGGAGCACAACUUCAGGAAGAUUGCCACCCUCAACCAGGGCACUCCCUAUGAUUAUAACUCCGUCAUGCAGUACCACAAGUAUGCCUUCUCCAAGAACAAUAAGCCCACCAUGGUCCCCAUCCCCAACGCCAAUGUUUCCUUUGGCAGUGCUAAGGAGAUGAGCCGCACUGACAUUGCCAGGCUCAACACACUCUACAAGUGCUAGGAAGUCUGUCCAGAUGUGCUACGAUACAGAUCAGAGGGGAGACUGAACAACCUGCAGACCUCAACACAUCAGCACAAGGUUCAAUCAUCAUCCCAUGAUGUUGCUCAUUAGAAUAAAAACUGUGCUUUUUCAUGCGGUCGACUUCAGUGAAAAAUCAACUCACAGGAAUGUUAUUGACCCUAAAAAUACCUCUAAAAUGUUGUUUAGGACAAAUUAAACUCAACACCUUGAAUAUGUCUCUUAUACUCUGUUGAAAGUCGAUGAUGAAACUGUGCAAAGCCGGAUCUUGAAAUGGCAGAUCUUUUCUCUGCUGUCUGGGAAUAAAAAUUGUAUUGCAUCCAA